AUGGUACCCAAAGUUGAAAACCCCGAAUUCCGCGUUGCGUUGAGAGGAGGUGCCUUGCUGGGUAGUCCUCGAUUCAAUAAAGGAACGGCGUUCACGGUGGAGGAGCGCAAGGCGUUUGGUCUGACUGGACGUCUCCCUUCGCGCGUGAACACACUCGACGAGCAAUGCGCUCGGGCAUGGGAUCAGUUGAUGACACGAGAGACACCGAUCAGAAAGAAUUCGUUUCUGCAAAGUUUGAAAGAUCAAAAUUGGGUCCUCUAUUACUCGCUGAUCUCGAAAAAUCUAAGAGAGCUCGUACCAAUCAUCUAUACGCCUACCGAGGCGGAAGCUAUUUCCAACUACUCCCAUUUGUUUCGCCGCAGCGAAGGCCUGUACCUUACCUUUUGUGACCAGGAUACCAUGGAGGAGGACUUUUUAGAACAGACCAAGGGUCGCGCAAUCGACCUCGUGGUGUGUUCAGAUGCGGAAGCAAUUCUCGGCAUUGGCGAUCAGGGCGUCGGAAUAUCUGCUGCGAAAUCGGCCAUAUAUACUCUAAUAGGGCACAUAGACCCAAUUAAAAGUCUUCCAGUGACUCUCGAUGUCGGAACUGACAAUGAGGACCUGCUCAAUGACAAUCUCUACGUUGGUUGGCCGCACAGGCGCGUCCGUGGCGAAGAAUACGAUCAAUUCAUCGAUAAAUUUGUUCAGCUAGUUCGCAAGUACUUCCCGCAUAGCUUGCUGCACUUCGAGGAUUUUGGUGUCACGAAUGCACAAAGGUUAUUGGCACGCUAUCGUGAUCAACACGCGUGCUUCAAUGAUGAUAUUCAAGGAACGGGCGCAGUUACUUUGUCCUGCAUAAUGGCCGCUGUUGGCGUAACGAAAUCGAAGCUAUGUGACCAACGCUUCAUUAUUUACGGGGCAGGAUCUGCGGGGCUUGGCAUCGCCCAUCAACUCCGCGACGCAAUUGUCUCCACAGACAACCUCAGCCCCGCUGAAGCAGCCAAAAGGUUCUAUCUCAUCGACAAACACGGAUUGAUCAAAGAAUCUCUGGGAUCCUCCCUCAUUCGCGACUCCUUAUACGAGAAUGGAUUCGUGCGACCCGACGAGGAGUGGGAAGGUGCGAAGACUAACGAGAGUGGUGAGGUGGGAUUGUUGGAAGUUGUGAAGAGGACUAAGCCGACUGUGUUGAUUGGGUGCUCGACGCAUGCGGGUGCGUUUACGGAGGAGGUCGUUAAGGCGAUGGCGGAAGGAUGCGACCGACCGAUUAUUUUGCCAUUGUCGAACCCGAGCAAGCUCGUGGAGGUUGAUCCUGCAGAUGCUAACAAAUGGACGGAGGGGAAGGCAUUGAUCGCUACGGGGAGCCCAUUCCCUCCAACGAAGAUGCCGAAUGGCAAAGAUUAUAUUAUUGCAGAGUGUAAUAAUGCCCUUAUAUACCCUGGACUUGGCUUCGGUGCCAUGAUCUGCCAAAGCCGUCGAAUGACGGAUGAUAUGAUCAUCGCAGGAGCGCGGCGACUGGCCUCGCUCUCCCCCGCCCUAGAAGACCCCGACAAUGCUCUGCUGCCCGACUUUGGCGACGCUCCGGGAAUCAACUUCGAGGUGGCGGUGGCGGUGGCGGAGCAGGCCAUUGAAGAGGGAAGUGCUGGUGUUGAUUGGAAGAAGGAGGAUGUCAGGGAGAGGGCGAAGGAGAGAAAGUGGCAGCCUAUAUACGGGGAGUAUGUAUACGAUCCUGAGGGCGAACAGGCCUGA